AUGACCAGCUUGACACCCCGCGGCGUUAAGACAGGGACCUUUCGCAACCGAUCCUCGCAUCAACAGCUACAGCAGUAUUUUUACUUCAGCUUCACCAAAGAAAACACCCAUUCAAAAAUGGUAUGGAUUCAGAAGAGAAGCUCGGAAGCGUUGAGUUACUUCGGUAUUGUACAGAAUCCACUCUUCGUACUACAGACGAGGGGAAAUCUAACGCCUUCAGUUCCUUAUACAUUCUCAAAACCGAAGACAUAUUUAGCUGUAUAUGACGUCGAAGUCGAAGAUCCAAAAAGCCGACUCAUCAAAAACACUAGUUUGGAUACUAGGUUGUAUUUCCCCUUUUCGGAUGUUUUCUCCAACCUCUCGUCUGCCACUGUAACCGGAAACAACGAAUCCAUCACCGGAAGAGGAAGUCCGCUAUAUUCGCCGCGACUAAGCGCGGAAAUUCAAAUAACAUUCUACACAAUCAUUUUCAUACUAGCGUUUGUGGGCAACCUUCUUAUCAUCAUCACACUAAUACAGAACAAGCGCAUGCGCACUGUGACGAACGUCUACCUGCUAAACCUGGCAAUCAGUGACCUACUUCUGGCCGUGUUCUGCAUGCCUUUUACGCUGGUGCCUGUUCUACUCAUGGAUUUUAUCUUUGGCAAAUUUAUGUGCAUUUUCAUCAGGUACCUCCAAG